AAGCGUGUUGACUGUAUGUCUGACCGCCACGUCGAAAUACGUCGGUAAUUUCUCGAGUGCGGGUGGGUGCAGACCAACGCGGAUGACAACGCAAAGAUUGUUAAAAUCACGAAAUGAUAAUAUCGGUUUCAGCAUUGAUUGAAGUAAAAUUCCUUAAAGAUAAUAUAAUGAAGUGUCGUUAAAACAGUUUACUGACGACUAGUCGCGCUAGUCGUGAAGGCCAACAUUGAACGUGCGUCGUGGAUUUCCUCUUAUAUAAGCUAUCUCGGAAUCACACAUGAUAGUGUCAGUGCGUUCGCCACGAAGUGAACGGUAGAUAAACGCUCGUCGACAUAUUAAGCGAUUUGCCGCGGCUAAUUCAACGCAAAUAUUACAAAACUUAAAGUAAAUGUGAGAAUUGUAAGAAUUAUGAAAUAAUUAUAGACAUAAAAUCACAGUACUUGAAAUAAUUUCACUUAGUUUUGUGCUAAAUGUAUAAGAUUGAGUGGUAGAACGAGAAUAUUUUUGCUACGCUGAAAAAUUUACAAUCUAUUUUGCGUUAGAAACUUUGUUACAAUGGUUGGCAGUGGACACAACAUCUUUACCUAUGACACGUUAGUGCACGCGAUAUCCGGUGCAGCGGGUAGUGUUAUCGCGAUGGCAGCCUUCUACCCUCUAGAUACCGUGCGAAGUCGUUUACAAUUGGAAGAAGGACGGCAAUCGGACAAUACAUUGGCGAUUAUACGAGAACUCGUUGCAAAAGAAGGACCGUGCACAUUAUACAGAGGUAUGGUUCCUGUUCUGCAAAGUUUAUGCGCGAGUAAUUUUAUUUAUUUCUACACAUUUCACGGCUUAAAAGAAUUGAGAAGCAGAAGAAACCAAACGGCUGGUAGCGACUUGUUUAUCGCGUCGAUCGCUGGUAUAAUCAAUGUUCUCACGACAACACCUCUAUGGGUUGUGAACACGAGAUUGAAAAUGAAAGGCAUCCAAGUUACUCCAGAAAGAAAUAAUAACGAAUAUACUACUUUAUAUGACGGUCUCAAGCAUAUAUGGAAAUAUGAAGGUUUGAAACAGCUGUGGGCAGGAACAUUGCCGAGUCUUAUGCUUGUCACGAAUCCCGCUAUACAAUUUAUGACAUAUGAGAGUAUUAAAAGACGAGUCAUUAUAUCUCUUGGCGAUACUCAGCCACCGGCAUGGAUUUUCUUUGCUAUCGGUGCGAUAGCGAAAACGAUUGCUACAUCAAUAACAUAUCCUUUGCAACUUGUGCAAACAAAAUUGAGGCAUGGAGACAAGUAUCCUAAUUUACCUCCAAAUGCAGGCACAUUGCAAAUAUUAUUCUACAUUCUGAAGAAACAAGGAAUAGCUGGAUUGUACAAAGGAAUGGAAGCUAAACUUUUGCAAACUGUCCUCACGGCCGCCUUGAUGUUUCUGGUUUAUGAAAAGAUCGCGCGAUUCGUUUUCCGUAUACUUUUACAUAAACCUAUUCUCAGAUAACGAUUUAUUUUACAAUAAUAAGAUUAAAUACUACUAUAAGUAAUCUUAAGUUACAUAAUCUUCAAAUCAAAUUAUUUAUGAAUAUAAAUAUGUACAAAAUUUGUACAUUCCUAUGAAUAUUAUCUCUUUUAUAAUU